AAUCUGAGUCUCUUUCUCUUUCUCUUGUUUGUAUUUCUAAUAUUUUUUUUUCUUUUUCAUGUUUUGAUAUAUUUUUUUUCAUUUAUGUUUUCUUAAAAUUGUUUCUUUCUUCCUUUCCUUCAGUUAAUUGUUCAUGAUUUGCAAUCAACAUUAGCAAAUUAAAGUAAAAAGCUGAUCAACAGUUAAACUGAAUUCAAGAAGGAGAGAAGAAGAAGAAGAAAAAAACAUUGGUUAAAACCUCUUUUUUUUUAUAAUAUUGUUUUCUGUGUUCACCUUAAUCACUAAGCCAUUUAGCUCAUGGCUCAGUCUGAAUUUUCCGACAUUCAAUGGACUUUUGAACAGGUUAAAGGUUCUUUAGAUGAUGACAUAAGUGAAGCCGAUAUUAUAUCAUGUGUUGAAUUCAAUGAUAAUGGGGACCUACUCGCUACCGGAGACAAGGGAGGUAGAGUGGUUAUUUUUCAAAGAGAUGACUCUGCGAAAAAAUCAGUGCCAAGAAGAGGAGAUUACAGUGUUUAUACAACUUUUCAAAGUCAUGAGCCAGAAUUUGAUUACCUGAAAAGUUUGGAAAUCGAAGAGAAGAUAAACAAAAUAAGAUGGUUAAAGAGGAAAAAUCCUGCUCAUUUUCUACUUUCAACUAACGAUAAGACAAUUAAAUUGUGGAAAGUUUAUGAAAGAGAGAGACAAAUGGAUGGUUACAAUUUGAUAGAUGAUGAAGGACAUUGUAUAAAAGAACCUAAUUCAAUUAAAUCCCUCCGUGUACCUGUUAUCAAACCAAUGGAAUUAACUGUUGAAGCUUGCCCAAAAAGGAUAUAUGCCAAUGCGCACACUUACCAUAUAAACUCUAUUUCAAUGAAUAGUGAUCAAGAGACUUACCUUUCCGCUGAUGAUCUUAGAAUCAAUCUCUGGCAUUUGGAUAUAACUGACGAAAGUUUUAACAUCGUUGACAUUAAACCAGUAAAUAUGGAAGAGUUAACCGAAGUUAUCACUGCUGCCGAAUUUCAUCCACAUCAUUGUAAUUUAUUUGUUUACAGUAGCAGUAAAGGUAUCAUCAGACUUUGUGAUAUGAGGGCCGCUGCAUUAUGUGACCGGCAUGCUAAAAUUUUCGAAGAACCUGAAGACCCAACAAAUAGGAGCUUCUUUUCUGAGAUUAUAUCAAGUAUUUCCGGGAUCAGAUUUUGUUCUAACGGAAGAUAUUUAAUUUCCAGAGACUACUUAUCUGUUAAAGUUUGGGAUCUUAAUAUGGAUUCCAAGCCAGUUGAAUCAUAUCUCGUCCACGAGUAUUUAAGAUCAAAGUUAUGCAGCUUAUAUGAGAAUGAUUACAUUUUCGAUAAAUUUGAAUGUUGCUUCAACGGAACCGAUCAAUUUUUAAUGACCGGAUCAUAUAAUAAUUUUUUUAAAAUUUUUGAUCGACACUCAAAGAGAGAGGUGAUGCUGGAAGCAUCUAAAGAAAUCGCAAAACCUAGGACAGUGCUUAAACCAAGAAAGGUUUACACGGGAGGUAAAAAAAAGAAAGAUGAAAUAAGCGUUGAAAGCUUGGACUAUACAAGGAAAAUUUUACACACCGCAUGGCAUCCAAAUGAAAACAUAAUCGCAGUCGCAGCCACAAAUAAUUUGUUUAUAUUUAAAGAUAGAGGUUGAGAUGAUCCAAGUCCGCCACCACCACCACCACCCACAAAAAAAUCAUUACCACCAAACUAAAAGAAAUCCAUUUUUUUUCUCGAAAAUCGAAGCAACCUUUCCACUCCUUUCUCCCUUCUCCUCCAAUUUCAAUUAUCUUUAAAUGUUCAAAUCGUAAUAGAGUUGAAACAUAAACACACAACAACAAACACAAAUUACCUGAUAUAUUGUACCUCUGAAGUACAGUCAGUGACACAAGAAAACAAAACCAAAACAUGUUCAGUUUAAGUGAAACAAAAUCAUCACCUUGCCUCAACUUUUAUAAAUCUUUCUCUCUCUCUCUCUCCCAUCUCUCUACGAACCAACUGUUGUAUUAUGUACCAAUCAACUUGUUAGUUAAUUAUCGUCGUCGAUAUAAUGUUUUUAAUAUUGAUAUUGAUAUUAUUAUUAUUAGUUGA